AUGACGGCAAAGUCAGCCAGGGAUAAUCGGAAGCAGUAUGGGGCUGAAAUAGCGACCUCCAUGGAACAGACCUCGAACGUUGGUGGCACUCGAAAACUCUACCAACUUACCCGCCAAGUUAACGGUAAGCCCUCUACACUGAGUGACUCUGUUCGCGACGUGAAUGGCGGCUUUAUUGCUGACAACUCGGCCAAAGUCGAGUGCUGGCGUGGGCACUUCGAGCACUAUCUCAACUUCGAUACCCAACCCACUUCGCCCUUGCUCUCCUCAUCAGCGGAGUUUCUUCCCUAUUCCAACCUAUGCAUUGCCAUGCGACCCCCCUCCUAA